UGCGCUGCAUCUGGGCCAGUCGGCAGCUUCUGCAUCCCAGGCUCGGAGCAUCCUCAGGGCGGAGGCUGGUACCGGGGGAGCCCAGUGUACAGGAUCCCGCACCCCGACUGCACCUGUUCAGCUGCACCAUGGCUGAGAUCGCCAGUGUCCGUCCCGGCUUAGAUGUGCCUCCGAUUGUGGCAGGACUUAUUGGUGCCACGGUCCUUGUGGUGUCUGUCUCAGUAACAGUGUUUGUGUGGACAUGCUGCCACCAGCAAGCAGAAAAAAAGCACAAAACCCCCCCUUACAAAUUCAUUCACAUGCUGAAAGGCAUUAGUAUCUAUCCGGAGACCUUGAGUAACAAGAAGAAGAUUAUCCGGAUCCGCAGAGACAAGAACGGCACUGUCAAAGAGACUGGAAGAGGAAACCUUUUGGUAGAUGCGGCAGAAGCUGGUUUAGUGGGCUCCGAGAAGGCACCAAAUGGGAUGAAUGCAGCCCCUUGUAUUGACCAGCUCCCAAUAAAAGUGGAUUACGGAGAUGAACUAAGUCCAGACCAAAGCAUCACUCCAGGUGGGAGCAAAAUCUCCUCCCCAUCUUCCCCAGAAGAGGAUGUCCUGCUGGGAACAUUGACUUUCUCAGUGGACUACAAUUUCCCCAAGAAAGCAUUAGUGGUGACCAUUCAAGAAGCCCAUGGGCUGCCAGUGAUGGAUGAGCAGACUCAGGGCUCUGACCCCUACAUCAAGAUGACAAUUCUUCCAGACAAAAGGCAUCGAGUGAAGACUCGUGUGUUGCGCAAGACCCUGGACCCUGUGUUUGAUGAGACCUUUACCUUCUAUGGGAUCCCCUACAGCCAGCUCCAGGAUUUGGUGCUUCACUUCCUGGUAUUGAGCUUUGAUCGCUUCUCUCGAGAUGAUGUGAUUGGAGAAGUCAUGGUGCCCCUCGCUGGAGUGGAUCCAAGCACUGGAAAGGUCCAGCUCACCCGGGAGAUCAUCAAAAGGAACAUACAAAAAUGCAUUAGCAGAGGAGAGCUGCAAGUCUCACUGUCUUACCAGCCUGUUGCGCAGAGAAUGACUGUUGUGGUGCUGAAAGCUAGACAUUUGCCGAAAAUGGAUAUCACUGGCCUCUCAGCAGACCCCUACGUUAAGGUGAACGUUUAUUAUGGCAGAAAACGCAUAGCAAAAAAGAAGACCCAUGUGAAGAAGUGCACUUUGAAUCCCAUCUUCAAUGAAUCCUUCAUUUAUGAUAUCCCUGUGGAUCUCCUUCCUGACAUCAGCAUUGAAUUUCUAGUCAUCGACUUCGACCGCACCACAAAAAAUGAGGUGGUAGGUCGGCUGAUUUUGGGAGCACACAGCAUCACCACUGGUGGCGUGGAACACUGGCGAGAGGUGUGCGAGAACCCCCGAAAGCAGAUUGCCAAAUGGCACAGCCUGAGCGAAUACUAGCAGAGGCUGCAGCAGCGACUGCUGGCUCAUAGAACAGACUUAAACCUUGUUUUAGUCAUAGAACUAAACUUUU